AGGGUUUCUCAUGUGGUGAAGGUUCCUGGUGGAUGGUAGUUGAGCCACUGCAUUGCUCCUCCUCCAAGUGACAAUGAAAAAAAGUCAUAGUCGAGUCCCAUCUUUGGUAGCAUCAUCUCUCGGUAUUCAUAAAGAGUUGGUGGAACGGCCACUUGUCUUUGUCCUUCUUCUCCACCCAUUAUUGGCGUUGAAGAUGCUCCCUCUUCUUCCCGAUCAAAGUUGUCUUCGUCUAUGUUGUCCUUUUCUUCCAAGGCUUUCUUAAAGUUGCUGGGGCUUGAGGGUUCUUCUCCUCUUGAGAUAGAUGCUCCUUCCUUUGUCUUCAAGAUGGGUGAACUCGAAACUCCUCCUUCUCGAAGUAUCUCUUCCAUGAUCUUUAGGUUUUUAGUUUUUCUUCUGGUACUGGAUUCAUACGAAAAUCUAAAAAACAAAAAAGACUCUAUACUA